CCUUCCUUCCGGUGAUUCACUUCUGCGUUCAAAAGUCAAAAUCAUUGACUUAAAAUUCACCCUUUUCGGCCAUUAACAACGACUCGCUCAACUCACGAGUCUCUCAUGUCGGAACUUGACUCAUCUUCCUCUGAAUUUUCCAACCUACAUUUCGUGAUUCACAGGCUACCCAAUUAAAUCCCAACUGUUAAAUUUCAAUAUAUAGUGCCUCAAAUCACCGAUUUGUAUUCAAGGAAGGUGUUAUUUCAUGUGGGGUUUUUGUUAUUUGUAUGAAAGUUUCAACCUUUUUCAGUUUUUGAGAUCAUAAUUGCUGUUCAAAGUUUCAACCUUUGAAAAAACAUACCUCUGAAAACAACCAAUCGCAAUCCAAUUUAAUCUUGGUGUUGAAUUUGAUUAUUUGAGUGUAACUUGUCCCCAAUAAUUCAAUUGUAUUUAUUGGAGUUGUGGAUUGAUGUGGGCUUUUAUCUUGUUCAAGUUCAUCAAUUUUGGGUUUUGAAAGUCUUGAAAGAUCAAGUUUUUUUUUGCCCUAAAAGAUUUGGUUUUGUGAAUCUUGAAAAUGGGGGGUUUAGCAAUUAGGGAUGAAGGGGGGAUUGCUCAAAGUUUGUGGAAGAAAUCGACAAACGAAGCGAUUUUCGCUGUUUAUACGCCUUAUAUACUGUCAUUAGCAUCUGGGAAGUUGGAUUCUGGGUCUUUUCUUCAUUGUAUUUUUCAGGAUCUUCGGUUUCUUGAAGCGUCCGCUGAGGCGUUUGAAAUGGCAGAAGAAUUCUCGGAUGAUGACGACGACAAGGCUGUAAUUCGAAAGAUUAGAAAACGCGUGUUGAAGAAGAUGACUAUGUUUCGAUCGAUCGUCCAAGAAUGGGGAUUUGAGCUUCCAGCAGGGAACAUAUCGGACCGUGCGAUGAUCAAAUACACAGAUUUCUUGCUGGCUGCAGCCUCCGGAGAAUCGGUAAGAGAAAAGUUUCCCGGGAAAUUCGCAACCCCGUUUGAGAAAACUAAGCUUUCGGCAUACGCGCUUGCUGCAAUGGCACCUUCCAUGAGGCUUCAAUCGUUUCUAAGUAAGGAGAUACAAGCGGUUCUUGAACCCGAUGAAGACAAUCAUCUUUACAAAAAGUGGAUCGAUAGCUGUGCUUCUCAGAAAUUUGAGGAUUCUGCGUCCCAAAUUGAAGAACUUUUAGACAAGUUGACCGUAUGUUUGACCGGUGAAGAGCUUCAGUUUGUAGAAACAAUCUAUCACAAAGCAAUGAAGCUUCAAGUAGAUUUUUUCUCGGCACAACCAAUUAUCCAAAACACCGUUGUCCCCUUGUAUCAAGCUCGCGGAAAUGACGACCACAAUGUUUUGAUAUGUAGUGGUUACGACAUGACGUGUAGCGCUGUUGAUUCAGGUGCACUUCUUGCUGACGUGGCAAUUAUAAAAUCAUCAAAAACCGUAAAGUCGAACGGAUAUGAAUCCGGUGGUGAUGAAACUUCUUUAGAUAAUCUUCGGGAUAUUUGGAGCGGUCUUCAUCGUCAGUAUGUUGAAGAAUAUGAACAGUGUAUCGACAAUAUCAUGCUUAGUGAAAAAGUCGCUGAAUUCGACUUUGAAAGCCUGUGUAACGCACUUGCGCAGUUAUCAGAUAUAGAAAAUGCGGCGAAUUUACGAGUGGAUAACUCUGGUGUAUUGAAAGGAUUGCAUAUGGAUGAUGACAUCAAAUGGGCUGCCGAACACUUGAUUUUUCAAGAUGGGUGUCUUGAAUUCUUUAGAGAAAUUGAAAAACGCGAAAACGUUGCGAUUGAUGCUCAUAUACUUUCGUAUUGUUGGUCUGGUGAUCUCAUUAGGUCCGCCUUCAACUCAGGAGAUUCAAGAUUUCCCAAUGUGCACUCAAACGAGUUACUCUUCAGUGAAUCAAUAUCAACCGGUGAAAUCUUGAAAAAAGUUCAAUCGCCCAUCGAAAAGCUUCAAACGUUCAACAAUAUCUGCAACAACUCAAACAACAACGGCCCAAACAUAUCGGUUUACAUUGGCGGUUCAGUCGAAGAUCUGCUUUGUCUUUUGAAAGCAGAUAUCGGGAUCGUUAUUUCUCCAAGUGCUAAUAUUAAAAAACUUGGAGGUUUGUUCGGUUUUUCAUUCGUCCCAUUAUUUUCCGGUUUAGUGAAAAAACAAAUAGAGUUAAUCGAAGACGGUUCUCCUUGUUGGAAGGGUCUUUCAGGUACCCUUUACACAGUUUCAAGUUGGGCUGAGAUUCAUGCUUUCAUUUUGGGUGUAUAAUUGAGACCCAUAAAUAAAAUAAAAAAUAAAAAUUUAAAAAUAAAUACAUAUAAAGAAAGAAGUGUAUAUUUUUACAAUGGAGAGUAACAGUGAGUGGUAAUUUAUAGGGUUUGUAGCCAGAUUAUUAGUAAUGGCUAAGGCUUGAGCCUUGAAUAUUUUAAGAGGGUCGUCCGCCGCCCUUGUUGUACUCUUGGGGUUUUUUUUUUUUUUUUUUUUUUUUUUAAGGUUUUGGGGUUUCGGGUUUGGGGAUUUGAGUGUAAUUUUAACAAUGAUGGGGUGAAUUUUAUGGAUUGUAAUUUGUAAGUGGUUUCUUGAAUUGUAUAAAUAUUGUUUGUUCUAUGCAAUGUGCUAAGGAUCCAUUUUUAUUAA